AAUAAGAGGCCACCACGGUCUCCGUCAGUCCGUUGUCCUCCCGUCUCUCCUCUCUUCUCUUCGCCCACCGCACGGUGCACGGCCUCGCCCAACUGCACAACCCCUGAGCUUGCAGGAGAAAGAAGGGAGGGGGACCAGAUGGCGAGGGAGGACAGGUUCCCUGUCUGGGAGGCGGUGCUGCUCGCCGGCGUGGCCGCCGCUUUCGCCGCGGGUAUGGUCGGCGUCUACGUCUCCAUGCCCAACUCCGACUACAGCUUCCUCAAGCUUCCCCGCAACCUCCAGGAGCUCCAAGUCCUCACUGACCAUCUGGAGGACUACACUAGCGACUACACCGUGCAGGUGCUGGUAGGCUAUUGCGCCGUUUACAUUUUCAUGCAGACGUUCAUGAUCCCUGGGACCAUAUUCAUGUCCCUGCUUGCCGGGGCCCUCUUUGGGCAGCUCGGUGGCCUGGCCCUGGUGGUCUUUGCUGCCACUGCCGGUGCUUCUUCCUGCUACUUCCUAUCCAAGCUGGUUGGGAAACCGCUGGUCUUCUCAUUGUGGCCGGACAAGCUCAGGUUCUUCCAAAAGCAGGUUGCAAAAAGAAGAGAGAAGUUGCUGAAUUACAUGCUUUUCCUGAGAAUCACUCCCGCAUUGCCCAAUACUUUCAUCAAUCUGGCAUCACCGAUUGUGGAUGUGCCCUAUCAUAUCUUCUUCUUGGCGACAGCCAUUGGUCUCAUCCCAGCUGCCUAUGUCACUGUCAGGGCUGGAAUUGCUUUGAGCGACUUGAGAUCAAUGAAUGACCUAUAUGAUCCGAAGUCGAUAGCGCUGAUAUUCUUGAUCGGGGUUGUUGCGGUGACACCAACAUUGUUGAGUAAGAAUGAGACGCAAGGCAAAGCAUCAGACAUGGCAGCUAGCGCUAACUGAUCACUUACACGCCACCCCAACUCUCCUCUCUUGUACAUACCAAGAUUCAGCAUUUGGUGGCUCCAUGACUUUGAAUCAAUGGAACAUGUGGCCAGUGGAAAAACUUGUGCUGAGAUGAAAGGUAUAUCUCACGGUCACCAUAUUAAUGGGUGUUACAACAAACUGCUUUCAGUUGUUCUGUUUAGCAUGGUUUAGAUGAAAGGGAAAUCUGACUGUAUCUUGCACACUAUCAGAUUCAAUACGACUAAUUCAGUGA